AACAUACCAUAAAAAGAACAGAAGCGCUGGCCAAGAACACGCUUCACUUGUGCUUGUUUAGCUUGUAAAUUAUAUCUAUCUUUUCUCUACUCAAAUUUAACAUUUAUUUGCUUUUCAGAUUUUAUUUGAACCUUAAGAGCUUCAAAUCGAAUAGCAAGAUCGGUCAACAUUUUCUAUCCAAUCAAACCUACUUUACCUCAAAGUGAAAUUAUUAGUUCUAUUGGUGUCAAUUAGAAGUCAGUCUUCAUUUUUUACUCAGAGAUAAGAUGGCAUCAACUGUCUAACCUAGAAGAAUCAAAACUGCCAAUUGCUAUCAAGCAACAAACGAUACGAAACUCCUGCAACACGAUGCAAUGCCAAAGUGGAUCAGGUCCUGCUGGACCCCCUCCCCAGAUGGUUUCUCAGAUGGUCCCGCAGCAACAAGUUCCCAUGGAUCAACAUUAUGACUCACCGGGAGCCCAAAUGUGUCCGCCAGGUGGACCUCCGGGUCACCCCGUGGCAUCACGAGUACCGCAUCAACAUGCUCACAUGCAGCAGGCACCUGCCCCGCAACAAGUCAGUAACUUCGGUCCAAUGCCUCCGCAAGGAAACUACGAACAGAUGAUGCAAAUGCUUCAUGAGCGUCAAGAACGAAUCAAAGCAGUAAUGAAUGAUCCUGCAAACCAGCAGCAGCUGCCGCAGCUUAGAAUGCAGCUUGCACAGAACACACAAGAAAUUGAGAAUUUAAAUAAGCAACAGAAGGCAAGACAUCAAUCGCCGAUAUUUUAUCAGCAGCAACAACACCAGCCCCAGAUGCAAGCUUAUGGACAGGGAAAUCAACCCGGGGGACCACCCCACAUGAUGCAGCAGGGACCCCCUAACCAACAAGGUCCUCAUCCUGGUUACAUGGAUAUGAACGCCCAACAUCAAGCUAUGAUGCACCAUCCCAACGCACCACCGGGAUCCAUGCAUCAACAGCAGCAGCAGCCGGUGAUGAACAAAAGCCAAAGUAUAGCCGCAUGGCAGCACCAGAACUACAUGCUGGACUCAGGUUUGAACAGCGGUCACUCUACUGCUCCACCGUCCUUAUGUAGCAAUGGAACCGGAAAUGAGUUACUAGAUGACGAUGCGGAUUCGGUCUAUAGCUCGCAUGCUUCUUGGAGUGGCAGUGCUCCUGGAUAUCCUCAGGCAUGUUACACCCCGGAGCAGUAUGAAAAUUUUAAUGGGCCUCGAAGUGUAGGAAUGUAUUACGAGAACGGUCCCAACUCCAUUCCUUGCGAGACUCCGAGUUAUCCAUCGCCUCAGACUUUUGAUCCGAACAACCCACAACAAGUUCCUCCGAAUAUGGUAGUACAACAAGGACCUUCGGGGCAGCAGCAACAAAUGGGACCGCAAGGUCAACAACAAAUGCCGCGUCAGACUCUGAAAGACGCGAUCAGUCAAAUUGCCCAGAUGUUAGUCGACACCGAUGCUGUUGUGCAAUUACAAGCGGCUGAAACCGCCCAGGCAAUGGCUAAAAACCCACAGAAUAGAUCUGCAAUCAUUCAGUCUUCCCAGAUGAUCCAGAAUUUAGUGAACGCACUGAAUAGCGAUAGCGAGGAGAUUGUAAGAUGUGCUGCGGGUACCUUGCACGACUUGUCACAAAUGAAACCAGGUCUGUUGUCGAUCUUCAAAUGUGGCGGAAUCCAGGCUUUGAUUAACCUCCUGCAGUCACCUAGAGAGGCAAUCCUGUUCUACGCAAUCACGACACUGCACAACCUGCUCCUGAACCAGGAGGGAGCCAAGUCAGCAGUCGCCAUGGCCAGUGGAAUCCCGAUUCUCGUGAACCUUUUGAAGAAACACUCCAAUGUGAAGUUCCUUGCAAUUACCGUCGAUUGUCUACGGUCUCUGGGUUUCGGAAACCAAUCGAACAAGGAGGAAAUUCUGAAUGCAGACGGACCAGCCACCUUGGUUAAAGCCCUAACUUCAUACGAGUACGAGAAGCUUCUGUGGACUAUAAGUAGGGUGCUCAAAGUCCUCUCAGUGUGUCCGAAAAACAAGCAAGCGAUAGUCGCAGCCGGAGGUGUGAGGUCACUCGCUUUCCAUCUGAACAAACCAGGAGCUCCAAGCAGUCCAAGACUUGUUCAAAACUGUCUGUGGACUUUACGAAACAUUUCAGAUGUUACAACUCAGAGCGACAACAUGCGUGAUCUUCUGGAGAAGCUGAUUCCAUACGUGAAAUGUAACGACGCGGUCAUGUCCAGUUGCGCAGUAUGCAUUUUGUCGAAUUUGCUGUGUAAUAAUGUGAACAAUAAGAACGCAUUUGUCCAGUUGCAAGGUAUCCAGGCAUUACUGUUUGCAAUCGACAAGUCACAACAGGUCGAGGAUCUCAUUGAACCAGCGCUCUGUGCGCUGCGUCACGCUACUUCACGUCACCCGCUACAAGGCGAAGCGCAAAACAUUAUCAGGACUGGUUUCGGUCUACACUGUGUGAUGCGUCUCAUGGACCAGCACAUGGCGGCCGGAGGAGGAGGUAGUUCCAGCAGCUCGGCCGCUUCGACUGCAUCCGGAGCCAGUGGGUCCUCCUCGGGAGGAAGCAAGUGGCCAGUUCUGAAGGCGGCUGUGGGACUGCUGCGUAAUAUGUGCACUGCGCCGGAUAACUUGCCGGAUCUUGUUCAGCACGGAGCUGUGGCGCGUUUGGUGAAUGUGAUCAAAUGUGCCCAGACUGAUUGGCAGAGGAGGGCGGCUGCCGGCCAGGAGUACAGACUGGACGGUGUGAAGAUGGAAGACAUAGUUGAGGGGGCGAUAGGGGCACUGCAUCUGAUGGCAUCGAAAGGACAGCCAAACCAGGCUGCCUACAGACAACAGAUCAAGAGCACACCUAACGCUAUCAACAUAUUCGUACAGAUGUUGGCUUCCAAUUCGCGCUCUGUGUUGCGCGUGACAUGUUCCCUCCUGGCCGAGCUGGCUCUAGACCCAGACGGAGUGGAGAUGAUCAAACAUACGAGUAAUCUGCAGCCCCUCGGUGGACACAUGGAUUCCAGCGAUCAACACAUUUCCGAAGCCUCCAAUCUACUAUUCCAACGAUUAACAGCACAGAAUAACCCAGGCCAGCCACCCUACAGCACGGCCAGUGGUAGCGGACCAGGGCCCAACAUGGGAAUCGCUGGAGCAUCUGGCAACCAACCAGUUUCCAACUUCGCAAUGGGAUCUCACCAAAACCUGCAACCAAAUUUACAAUCUCACCAGCAAAUCGCUCAUGGUCAUGCGAGUAAUCAGCAGCAGAUGAUGCACCAGCAUAUGUCAGGCAUGACACCAUCGCAUAGUGGCGGCAACAGUCCCAUGCCCCACCAAUCGUCUGACUUCGCCCCGAUGGAAGUGUCCGGGAAUCCUGGAUCAUCCGGUAACCAUCAGCAACAAACUUCAAGUGGAAUGAACCCGUCACAUGGGUUCGGGGGAGGAGGAUUUGGGGAUAUGCAGAGUGCGCAAGCCAAUCCUUUCGGACCAUCAUCGCAAAUGAACAUGGAGUACAGUAAUUUGCCUAACAUGGACAUGACAUCCCUCACGAGUAUCGACGACUUCGUGUUUGACGAGAACCUUUUCUGACACGAAUGAGUCAACUCGACGUAGUUGGACUCAUACCCUGGGGGCUCAUUGUCUAAAAAUCGCCUUGACGAAUUCCCUAAAACUCAAUAGCUUUCAAAACUGCAUCUAACCUUGCUAUGCCAGCGUCCAACAACGCCCUCAACAGUGGCUACAAAAUAUAUGGCUAAGUGAAGUGAAUUAGAUGUAUAUGCCUCAUUUAAUUGUUAAACUGUAGGUUUUAGUAAAUUAGUCAUCUUUAAUGUUAUUUCAUGAAAACAGCAGAACGUUUCUGUCAAAUAUUCCAAAAAGAUGACGGUUUGCAAUCUUGAUUAUCAGUUUUUUGAAGUAGUUUAUCUUUUGUUUAUGUUUAUGUUGACUAAUGCGACGAAUUAGCAGCAAAAAAGCAACUUGAAGUAGCAUAGCGAUAAGUUAGUAAGUAAUUCGAUUUUCUUUCCCUUUCUCCUGAUAACUUUUCUAUCAUCUAAUUCUCUCACCCACAAAAAUAGCUUUAUCUUUACUUACGUCGAUCUUGUCUGCUGAUGUUAAAUUUAUGCCUAUCCAUUCUUAGCAUUUGAUACAAAAUAUCUUCAUUAAGUCUUAGCUAUUAAGUUAAUUUUAAUUAUGUCUGUUGUAAUCAUUCUAUGGAUCAGGGGCGGAUUGGG